AAAUAAGAAGGAAGUAAGUGUUGAGGAAGUGCAAUACUUCCCAUGUGAGACAUUUAGACAGCCUCAUGCAAGGAAUAAUGAGAUCAUUCACAAGCUGUCAAGCCACAGACAUGCACCGGUUGAUUUGGUUUUCUCUCCUGCUUACCUACCUGCCAGUAACAGCGAACACGGAAAUGACUAAUAGCUGCUUAUCACAGCCGAACGAGGAUAUCUGGAUGAAAAUGGGACAAAGUGUGGUCCUUCCUUGUACCGUCACGCCGCAUUGUUCAGGCAAAGGCUGGCAUUAUGAGUGGUUUAUUUUCAAAGACGACUCCUAUCUUCGUCUAAAGCUGCAUGGCAAGUACAGUCUGGAUGGAGCAUCUUUACACAUCAAGUCACUUGUUGCUGAUGACAGCGGGAUCUACCACUGUGCUGCAGUACUGCAUGGACAACCAGCACGGGGCGGACAGCACGUAGGGUUGGGUACAACUCUGGUAGUGAAGGAAAAAGUUAGAAUAAUGGUGAGGCACAUUCUACUGUGGGUGUUUUUUGUCCUCUUGAUCAUCUACAGCUUGGCAGUAGUGACACUUAUUGUAAAGAAGUAUGGCUUCAGAAGGACGACCAAAACUGACAGGAGUAACUCAACCAAAACGACACAAUUUCGUGAUGUGCUGCAAGAAUUGUACAGCAAAAGGAACUUGCAGAGAAGUAAACGACUUGUGAGCAGAAACCGUUCCCAAGCUGAGGCGGCGAGCACGGACGCCAACAACUCAAAUGAUGACAUCUAUCAAAACGUCUAAGUGUCGUUCAAGGAUAUUAAAUGACAGAUCAUCACCACUGAGAGCAAAAAGCCUGAAGGAUGACUGAGGAAAUGUACAACUCAACACAGGCUACAGGGCAGCUUUGUGCUUUCUCACCUUUUCUCAUAAAGUGAGACAUAACAACCACAACAAAAGGUGCUGAGUCACACUUCCAUUUUUCUUGAGUUUUUCAGUUUCGGCAGUGAUACUCACAGCCCUCUUUUGAAAUCAAUCAAUGUUGGAGCAACAGUUCAUUCUUUUCAAAACCACGGCCGUGUUUACCUGAAAAACAAAAGAGGAAAGAAAAUCCAAUACAAUCCAGAGAUGUGGUCACAUAAUUUUAAUUCAUCAAUUUAAUUUCUUCCAUAUAUUUUAGGCUAAUGAGCCAUUCUAUAGAAAAAUAGAGUGAAUUUUACUUCCAGGAACGGAGAGUAAAAAGUAGCACGUAAUUUACAUUUACAACAGUGCAAAUACAGUAAGUAAAGAAAUGCAUUAUCUAAUUAUUGACCAACACUUUGAAGACAUAUAAGGAAAUCACAAACAAACAUGUAAACAUGUCAUUCUGGGUAUAGUUCUGUACAUUUCUGAUCAAAAACCAGAGAAACAUUUCACAUUCAGAUGCAAUAAGUUGAUCAUUACAAACAAUGUAAAGACAAAAAGGCACAUUACAGACGACUUUAGUUGUUAUACAGUACAGUGUAUGGUAGACAAUGUUAAACUAAGAAAGAAUAGGUUUCACUUUUGGUGUUGUAAAUCAUCAUUAAGGCAUUUAACAACCUGAUAUGUUUGAGGCAUCUUGCUGUGUCACAUUCUGUACAAUGACGUGAUGUUAAUAUGUCUAUGUGCAUUUUUUUUAACGUAUUAAAAGUUGUGAUAUGACCCAAUAUGAUCUAAUGUUACUCAAGUACUGGUUAUAUUUGCAGUGAAAUACAGCUCUGUAUUUCAUUGGCUGCACAGAUGUAAAUAAGUGUCAGAGCAUCAAGUUGAAUUACUGCAAUCUGGAGCAUGGCUGGAGUUAAAGCUAGUAUUGUAAUUUUGUCCACGUUUACAGCAAAUAUGAUGAUAUUUACUGCACUGCAGCCACUUAUUCAUAAUGUCUGCUGUAAUUAUAUGUUUGGCAGCAUUUUUCUUUGUUGUUUGGUUGAAUGUUUUGUGUACGUCUUGUGUUUAAAAGACACAUUUCUGAAAAACUUUAUAAUAAUAAAAUCAAAUAAAAUCAAAAAUUUUA